AUGGCAUUUGAUAACAACAAAACCUAUGAACUACCCAAAAUGGCAUUUGAUAACAAAACCUAUGAACUACCCAAAAUGGCAUUUGAUAACAACAAAACCUAUGAACUACCCAAAAAAUACAAGUACCUGAAAGAUUUGGGUGAGGGCUCAUACGGGGUAGUGGUACAGUGUUUGAACACAGACACCAACAAAACUGUGGCUAUAAAGAUCCCCAAACUGAAAAUGUUAUAUGACAGCGAGGUAAGUAUUUUUGUUUUGAAAGCUCACAGCAGAUUUUGUACAUAUGGAGAUACAGCAGGUGUUGUCUAUUUACAAAGUUAUAGUUAAGUUGUCUGUCAGUAGCUGCAGUAUAAACAAUACGGGUAAAAGAGACAGAAAUCUGCAUUUGCUUUUUUAAUCAAACAUUUGGAAGUCAAUUUGAAUUUUAAUUUGUGCCACAUCUAAGAGUGGCUUGAAUCAUUUUUUGAGUGUCGGUCAUCUUAAUAAAUGUGAUUGACUCACCUCUGGCUUAGUUCAGGUAAAAAGUAAGACCUGGGAAUGAAAUAGGAAUAGUCUGACUGACUGACUAAAUAUAGAUGUGAACAUUAAAACAUGAACAUUAAAACAUGUGCUUUGUGUCCUCAGAUGAAAUCGAUGAGAAUGUUGAUGAGGCGAGGGCUAAACCGUCGCAACAUUGUCACGUUCCAUGAAAGCUUCAGUACGAUGAAUGGGGAAGCGCUGGUCUUUGAAAAUUUAGGUAUCGACAUACAGAGCUACAUAGAUGAAGUUGUACGCGGACAAAUGAUGUUGUCGGACGUCAGGACCAUCACUGUGCAGGUUUGUAUACACACCAUCCUGAAGAAGGAGUUUGUAUUUCCAAAUAUAUAUUCUUAAUUAUUCAUUUCAUUGUAUUAGUCUGUUAAACUUUUGCAGUCCUCUAUAAUGUGUUUCUAUUGUUCGCUUUAUAGAUUGCCACAGCCUUGAAUGCUUUGAAAGAGAUUAGGGUUAUCCACAGAGAUAUAAAACCAGACAACGUCAUGCUGGUGGAUGAGACCCGACCCUUCAAAGUCAAGCUGAUCGACUUUGGCUUUGCCACAUCAACUUCCCUAACCAAGACUGGCGAGAUUCUUCAAGCUCCGUCCUACAGGUAAGCCUAGUAAAAUGCUGGUAAUGUACAUGCAUGUAAUAAAACGCGGGUCAAACAAAACAGUACCAAUACAUGUGUCUUGACUUCUUUAUGAUUGUGUUCCUGACAUUAUCUCUUUUUUUUUUUUCUUCCAUUAAUAGAGCUCCGGAGAUUAUUCUAGGUCUACGAUAUUCAGAGGCCAUUGACAUGUGGUCAGUGGGCUGCAUGGUGUUCUACAUGAUCACUCACAUGCUCCUGUUUAGCGGAAGUACUGCUUAUGACAUAGUAAGUGUUUUUAUAUACUUUCCUCAUUUUCUCACUUUAGCCAGGUUGAAACUAGUUGUGUUGGUGUUGCAUGUGCUUAUGUUUUAUGUGUUUAAUUAACAGCUCUAUCAGAUCAUCGAAACCUGUGGACAGCCACCGAACCAUAUGUUGAACGAAGGGAAAUAUACAGCAAAGUAUUUUCUGAAGACCGAGAAAAAUGGCUGGAUACUAGGGGUAUUAUAUCAAUUAUCAGUAUUAUUUUAUCAUUAUCUUUGUAUGUAAAUAGGACUUAUGUCCAUUGUUGGGAAAAAUAACCUUCAUAUAAAACAUAUAACCUUCUUUCAGACACCUAAAAAGUACUGGGGCAUCAAUGUAAAAGUCCACCUAUGGCGACAAUUUACCAGCCUGGAUGAUCUCCAAAAAGUAAGUGUGAUGUUUGGAAUGUUUCACCAUUAAAUUGGUUUAAAGGAGGGGUAUCAUGCUUUUUUUUUCAGACUCUAUAUUUCUCACAGUGGUAUAUUAAAAUAUCAUUAUUGUCGCUGCCGUCCUAAACACUCUAAGCUGCUGUCCCUUUUACACCCCCUUUAUAUAUAUGUGUGUGUGUGUGUGUGUGUGUGUGUGUGUGUGUGUGUGUUGUAAUUUUUGAAACAUGGAAAAAAUAUUAAUUAUUGAAAAGCAUGACUCCCCAUCCCCCCCAAAAAAGAAACAAAAAAAAAUCAUCAGGAUGACUUGACUAAUUGUGUUUUUUUUUAACCAGGAGGGAAUGAACACACAAGAGCCUCAACAGUUCAAGCAGUGCAUGAAGCUGAUAAAGGCCAUGUUGAAGAUAGAUCAACAUAACAGGAUCACUCCCUGUGAUGUCCUCAGACAUCCGUUCGUCACCCAGUAAGUGUGAUUUUUUUUAAACCAUGCAAUUGUUUUUAAGAUCAAAGUAAAGAGAGGCCAGAAUUGUUUUUGCCAUUUGUCCUUACAAACCUUUUAGCUACAGUCUCAUGAGUUAAACACAUAAUUUUUCUUUCUAACAGGAAAAAUCAGACCAAGACCAGAGCCAGUACAUCUGUGCGACCCUUGGAUUUCAAUCCCAGUGCAGCUCCUAUGGUCGAUCUGAUCGCUAAAACAAAGGUGAGUAUGGUCCAACCUGCUUCACCCGAGAACACAAUGCAGCUGACACCCUUGGAUUUGAAUCCUAGUGCAGCUCCUUUGGUCAAUCUGAUCACUCAAACAAAGGUGAGUAUGGUCCAGCCUGCUUCACCUGAGAACACAAUGCAGCUGACACCCUUGGAAUUUAAUCCCAGUGCAGCUCCUUCGGUCGAUCUGAUCACUCCAACAAAGGUGAGUAUGGUCCAACCUGCUUCACCUGAGAACACAAUGCAGCUGGAACCCUUGGAUUUGAAUCCUAGUGCAGCUCCUUUGGUCGAUCUGAUCACUCAAACAAAGGUGAGUAUGGUCCAGCCUGCUUCACCUGAGAACACAAUGCAGCUGGAACCCUUGGAUUUGAAUCCUAGUGCAGCUCCUUCGGUCGAUCUGAUCACUCAAACAAAGGUGAGUAUGGUCCAACCUGCUUCACCUCAGAACACAAUGCAGCUGACACCCUUGGAUUUGAAUCCUAGUGCAGCUCGUUUGGUCGAUCUGAUCACUCAAACAAAGGUGAUUAUGGUCCAACCUGCUUCACCUGAGAACACAAUGCAGCUGGAACCCUUGGAUUUGAAUCCCAGUGCAGCUCCUUCGGUCGAUCUGAUCACUCAAACAAAGGUGAUUAUGGUCCAACCUGCUUCACCCGAGAACACAAUGCAGCUGGAACCCUUGGAUUUGAAUCCUAGUGCAGCUCGUUUGGGCGAUCUGAUCACUCAAACAAAGGUGAUUAUGGUCCAACCUGCUUCACCCAAGAACACAUCGCAGCUGGAAGACACCGAAAGAGAAGUCAGGUAAGAGAAACAAGUUCAUUACUAAUUCUUGACAACAGAAGGUGAUGCUCAUGGGAGAUCAGCAAACACUCCCAAUUUUCUACAAAGGGGUCACCAGAAUCAACAAAAAAAUUUCCUACUGUGUCCAAUUAAAGACUGAAUUCAGAAGAUAGUAGAAGGAAUAGAGCGCUAACUUUGUGUGUGUUUUUAGAUUGCAGGCUGAGCCAAAAAAGACGCCGGAAGUCUCAAAGGCACAUCCUCCACCACCAGAUGCUGGAAAAGAGACAAAGAAGAAGAAGAAAAACUGCUGCCAACGUUUCUUUGCCUGGAUAAGGAAGACCUUCCGCUGCAAUCAAGUGGGAGUCAUGGGGGUUACUUGUUCAGAAACUUCAUAA